UCGAUCCUUGGAGUGGGCGCGUGUGUACGCCUUAUCAAAACGGUAGCGCUGAUUAAGAGGCCUUGGACCGCAACAAGUGCGGUCUCGCUCGCCGAGUGGUUCAGUGUUGACAGCGAUGGCGCCCCUCCAUCUAGCCUUUCUUGUGGUUCUCGGCCUGGCCAGCGCCAGCAACGAGCACGUCAAGUGCGAACGUGGUUUGGUUCCACUUAAUAGCUCCGUCGUGCCUUCCUUCGUCAUAAACCUGGAUUUGCCGCCAAGCGAAAGAUGGACCGAAGUCGCAAAAGCCAAGAAAGCCGAGGUGUACAAAAUGCACGAAGCGUUGAAGAAUUUGACCGAGGACAUUCUGGGAGCAAGAGUUCUGAAGCUGAUUGACUCAGCCAUGCCAAAGCUUCUCAACACUUUGCCCUGGGAAUUCACCGAGGAGAUGAAGUCCCUUUCGGAAAUAUCAGGUCUUCCCUUAGGCGAAGUUGUGCUGUACAACGUGUUCUACGAAUUCUUCACUGUAUGCACUUCUAUUGUGGCUCAAGAUCCAAACGGUGAGAUAUACCACGCACGAAACAUGGACUUCGGACUAUUUCUUGGAUGGGACCCGCAAAACCACACGUGGGCAAUGACCGAAGUAUUGAGGCCGACGGUCAUUAAGCUUGAUUUCCAGAGGUCACAAAAGACGGUGUUCAAAGCCGUCACCUUCGCUGGAUACUUGGGUAUCUUGACCGGUGUGAAGCAGGGCGCGUUCUCGAUGACAGUCAACGAACGUUUCAACCUGAAUGGGGGAUUUAUUGGACUGCUGGAAUGGAUCCUGGGUGAUCACAGCCAGCAUUGGGUAGGCUUCCUCACCAGACAGCUGAUGCAGAACGAGACCAGCUACGAGGCGGCCAAGACGAUGCUUUCCACAACCAAGCUGAUUGCCCCUGUCUACUUCAUCCUAGCAGGCACCCAACCAGGCCAGGGCGCCAUUAUCACGCGGGAUAGGAACAGCAACGAAGCGGACGUGUACACGCUGGCGGACGCAGCGGACAAGUGGUUCGUCCUGCAGACCAACUACGACCACUGGAAGACCCCGCCAUCGUACGAUGACCGGCGCGGUCCUGGAAUGCACUGCAUGAGGAACCUGACGCAACAGGGUCUUGGUUUCAGUGGCCUCUUCGACGUCUUGGGCACCAAACCCGUGAUCAAUAUGCUGACCGUGUACGCAGCGUUGAUGCGUCCAUCCACUGGCGAACUCGACGCGUACCUUCAGUCUUGCGAGCCCCCGUGUGCUCCGUGGUAACGAUGCCG